CGCUGGGUUCGUGCUGUGUGAGGCCUCCCCGCCCCCCUGCACUGUUCCUCCGGGCCCUGUCGCGUCGGGAUGAGCCGCGCUUCCCCAUGGAGACCAAACGGGUCGAGAUUCCCAGCAGCGUCCUGGACGAUCUGUGCAGUCGAUUUAUUUUGCACAUUCCAAGUGAGGAAAGAGACAAUGCAAUCAGAGUGUGUUUUCAGAUUGAACUUGCCCAUUGGUUUUACUUGGAUUUCUACAUGCAGAACACACCAGGAUUACCUCAGUGUGGGAUAAGAGACUUUGCUAAAGCUGUCUUUAGCCAUUGCCCUUUUUUACUGCCUCAAGGUGAAGAUGUGCAAAGGGUUUUGGAUGAGUGGAAGGAGUAUAAAAUGGGAGUACCAACCUAUGGUGCAAUUAUUCUUGAUGAGACACUUGAAAAUGUACUGCUGGUUCAAGGAUAUUUAGCAAAGUCUGGCUGGGGAUUUCCAAAAGGGAAAGUAAAUAAAGAAGAGGCUCCACAUGACUGUGCAGCUAGAGAGGUGUUUGAAGAAACUGGUUUUGAUAUCAAAGAUUACAUCUGCAAAGAUGACUAUAUUGAACUACGAAUCAAUGAUCAGCUAGCACGCUUGUACAUCAUUCCAGGAGUUCCAAAGGACACAAAAUUCAACCCCAAAACCAGAAGAGAAAUUCGGAACAUUGAAUGGUUCUCAAUUGACAAAUUACCAUGCCAUAGAAAUGACAUGACCCCAAAGUCCAAGCUAGGUUUGGCGCCUAACAAGUUUUUCAUGGCCAUUCCCUUCAUCAGACCAUUGAGAGACUGGCUUUCUCGAAGAUAUGGGGACUCCUCUGAUAGUGACAAUGGAUUUUCAUCCACUGGGAGCACACCAUCCAAGCUCAACAUGGAGAAAACAAGAUCCAAACUUCGUUAUAGCCAGCAGGUGUUUACAGAUGGCUCUCCAGGAGACCAGUGGACAAAGUACAGACAACCACAGCAACAGAAGCCAUAUAACAAUCAUUCUGAGAUGUCUGAAGCUCUAAAAAUAAAGAACAUGAGGGGUAAUGGUAGAAAGCAAUAUCAAGACACUUCUAACCAAAAGAAGAGGACAAAUGGGGUCCACAGUCAGCCAACGAAACAGAACCAUACAUUGAAAUGUGAAAAAAAACUUAAUCCAAGAAGACUUCAGGAUAACUUUGAAACAGAUGCAGCAGCGUAUGAUGUGUGUUUCUCCAUUGAAGACCUGCUGGAACAUACAGAGGCACACUCUGUGGCAUGUAAUGGUCAUUACAAAAUCACUUUCUCAUCAAGAGCUUUCUUGAGCUUCAAGUUUGACCAUGAUGCCAUAAUGAAAAGUUUUGACCUCUGACAGCAAACCUAUUAUGGAUGAACAAAAAUCAAAGACUGACCUUUUGCAGUUGAGUGGGUUUCUAAUCCAGCCUUACUCGUUCUCAGGUGUUUUUAUUUUUUUAUUUUUAAAGCAAUGCAGGGACUGAAAGAUGAUUUGGAAGGGUUCAUUCUCUUUGCAGUAUGGAAGUGGCAUAGUGAAUUGUCGCACUUUAAAUGCAGUUCCGCCUUUAUUCACGAAAGUACCUUUCCAGUGUUUGGUUCACUAGUUCCUGCUGUUGCAUUAGAGGGCAUUCUUUUUUUUUUUUUUUUUUUUUUUAA